AUGACUCGCUCGCCAGUUCUCCCGCCAUGGGUCUCCACGUGGCUUCUGGUUUCCGGUGUGAUUUGUCUAAUUGAUGUGAUCUAUACCAUGUUCCGCCCAUAUACAAAUGCACCCGAUGGUUUUGUGUCGAAUACAUUGUUUUAUGGAUGGAAACUCUACUCCUCCGUUGACAUCCGCUAUGCCGAUACCAAAGACGUUGUGACUUGCUCCACAGGACGUGUUAUGCUUAUUGAGAUCGUUAUGAACUUCGUAGCUGUCUACCUGGCUCUCAAACGAUCACGUCACGCCCUUCUUGUUGCCUUCACAACCAGCGCGUUUGUUUUCUGGAAGACCUUCUGGUACCUGGUCAUGUACAUUGCCCCACCAGCCGGAACCCCUUCUUUCUUCACUGACAACUAUGGGUAUUUGGGAAUCACUCUAAUCUUCUGGAUUCCAAAUGGUGUUUGGGUGGUUAUGCCGUUUUUGGCCAUGUGUGCACUUUGGAAUCGUCUUGCCUUGCCAGUAGAGUAUCAGGAGCAAGAAAACAACAACUACGAAAAACCACCUGGAUUGUCGUCGCCGUUGUCGUCGCCAUAA